UCGGAGUCUACGUGCCGAAUUGCAAAAUGCCAGCUGUUAUUUUAUCAUAAUCGUCCAACAAGUGGAAAAGAUCAGAAAAAUUUUAAGAGCAAAAAAAUAUUUAACAAAAGGUGAAAGGGUGGCUGAGAACGAGUUAAACAGGUUACGAAAUACUGCAAAAUAGGGGAAGUAUACACCAACAGGUGGCUACAUUUCGUUAAUUUAUAAUAGCAGUUUUUAUCAUCUGUGUCUGUUAAUUUUGAUACCUGGAUAAGUUAUUAGCACUGCUAGAAGUUCAAUGAGCGUGAAAUAAAAUAAGUUAAAUGCGUUAUUAGCACUGCUAGAAGUUCAAUGAGCGUGAAAUAAAAUUUAGUUUGUAUGCUCCAAGAAUUUUUGCAACAGGUGUAUUCCUUGGCAUAUGUCUCUCUCAAAUAUAACUUUUUAACUAGUCACAACUGUUGUUAGAGUAGUUCCGCAAUAGAUUAUGGUGUCCUGUUAAUACAGCCGCACCAUUUAUUAAUCUGCCGUGUUCAAAGCACAGUUGUAAUAACCGAUUCUAGAGUGUGAUCUUUUAUUUUGAGGCGCUCUUUUAAGUUCUAACCGGAUUGCGCAUCGCUGGCUCUUAGUGUCCAGUUGUCGCCUUGGUGUUAUCUGGUCAAAAUAAAAGGGGCAGGAUUUGGGUAAAAGUGGUUGGAUCGAAUAAACAAUGUGGUGACAAGUCUAAGACUGGGAUUAUACAAUUAGUUCAAAACACACACACACUGGCCGAUCAAGGAUAAUCGCUUGAUGGUUUUAGUGCCUCGGGCUUGACAUUUAUAGGCAUUUGUUGAAUGAAUUUAAAUUAUUAUAACCAGUCAAAACUUAGUUACUAGUUGCUAAUGGCAUUGGACAGAAGCUAUUUGUCCAUUUCAGUGAUUUCCUAAUUGCCAUAAUUGGUGUGAAGCAUUGUUGAAACUUACAUUCCAAAGGUAUAAUCACGUAAGGUCGAGGACUUUUUGCCUUAUGGGUUUUUAAUUUGUCCGUUUUGAGGAGUCCCAUGUACUACUGCUUCGUGCUGAAUAAGUAAAAGCAUAUAUACCUCCUUGUUAUAAUUAAAAAUUCACAUUAAAUUUUCUUUGGCUUUUAAAUCAAUACGUGUUGUCUAAAUCGAUCUUUAAACAACAAGAAUAAACAAGUUUAAAGAAUCUUGAGGCAUUACAAAUCAUCGGAUCUUUUCAUUUUGUUUUUGCACUAUUAAGAAUUCUAGCCAUUAAUAAGCAGAAAUUAGCAAUCUUUAAUUUUGUUGACUUUCUUACUCGGCAAGUGAUUUUUAGUUGCGAAUCAAACAUAUCGAAAACGAGAAGCGUUUUGCUUGCGCCAUCCUUAUCAUUGAUAGUCCCUAUUGUGCAGUGUUUUAUAAAUCAUAUCACCAUUUGCACCUUACAAUUCGAAUUACCAGUCAAAAAUAAAAGUUUGGUACGAAAAGAGUCUUAGAAAUGAGUUCCAAGUACAUCUUCAGUGAAAAGCGUCUUCGAAGACACAGCAAGAAGGACUUGUCGAAGACAAAGACUUCGCCUGUAGACAUUAGGACUGGACAAAACCGACUCUUCAACCCAUCAAAAAUGGCAUCACCCUGUGAAACAGGAGCAUUAGACAACUGGGCAGCCACCACGACACCACAUACGACAUACUCAACGACUGAUAGGAUCAACCAAUGCGAAGUGACUGUCAGAUCCGAACACGACUCGUCUCCGUCAUCAAAUUCAUAUUCGUCAAACGAGGACAGAGAACAACCCCAGAAUCAUAACCCGAGAAAGGGGAGCACCUCAGAAUACAGUUACGAUGACGACACUUCAGUUGAAUUGAUUUACCUUUUGAACAGUCAAGAAAAGUCGAUUUUGUUCCAACUUUGUGCACACCAACUGAACAGAUUAGUUGAACUGUCGCCGGAAGCUCUAAAAGCUUUGAUCACGUUCCAACCAGUGACGUCAGCAAACAGCCUUGGCAAUCAAAAACAGUUCAGAAAUUCAGCUGCAAAUUCACCCAGUAACAAUAUGGGAAGUAAGCCGUCGAGCUCUUUGGCGGACAAGGCGAAAUCGGCUUUGUUCACAUGGGGCGGUAAAAAUCAGAAUAGUGGAUGUGACGUGACAGUUUUGGACAUUUCAGUAGUGAAGAUAUUGUCGGACCACCUCUUACAGAAUCUUGACUUCGAAGGCUUGUUCAGAGUCCCAGGCAACUUGAUACGAGUUGAGAAACUGAAAGAGGGCAUCCGAACUGGCGAGCUCUCUAAUCUUCUAGCCACCGGAUACUUCACCCAACACGACAUUGCCAGUGUCCUCAAGCAUUACCUGUCAAAUAUAGACCUCAUCCCAGUGUCGACCCAUUUAACUCAUCUGCUGAUCGCUAAUGUCACUCAUUUCCUGGACCACGAGAGAAGCAUAGUGAAAGAGAACAGCAAAAAGUUGGUUUCGUCACUUGAAGACUUGAACUCGAAAAUGACAAAAAAUUCGCCGCCUGAUGACGCUAUGAGUGGAAACGGUCGAAGUGUGCAAAACAUGGAACAAUUGUUGGGAAACUUAGAAACUCUUUCGCAGUUUGAACAGAAGAAGAAAGAACACAUUGAGGCUCUGCAGAUUGUGUUCUGCAUGCUGUCCGCCAAUCAGAGAGCCAUUCUGAAGAUUGUAUUGUCUAUGUUGUAUCAAGUGGCCAAGAAUAAGAAUAUCACUAGGAUGUCGGCGUCCAACUUGGCCACCAUAUUUGCACCACAUUUCUUCGCUUCUAAUCCCACACCGGCCUCGAUGGCUGCUCAAGGCAAGUGUCCCGUAAACUCAUCUGCCUCUGUGAACCUCAAUGUGACCUGUGUUGAGAAUUGGACUCUGACUUGCUAUGCCGUGACCUUUAUGAUCAGACAUUGGCGUGUGGCUCUGCAGGUGCCUGGAGAUCUAAGAGAACAGGUGUCCAACUACCUCUACGCCAGACAGAAUGCAUCCCAACUCAUCAACUAUGGUUCAGGCUCUAACGAAAACGAGAAGCGUGGACGCUUCAGAGCUUUCAUGAAAAGCGGAGGGGCCAAAGACAUUGGUCAGCCAGCGGAGUCCAAUGUAAUCAAAGAUAAACAAUCGAAACACAAGAGAUCAACAACUCCCAACGCCAUUGGAAAUGGUAGCAGUGGGAAACACAGAAGCAAAUCAGCCCAUACCGCAAUUACAAGUGCAUUUAGAAAUCGACUCCCUGGUGUGAAUUUGGUUGACAAGCGAGAUUCCUAUGAUGUCAAUAGACACCAGACAAACCAUCAUCACCAGCCGAUCAUCAGAAACCAAAGACAUCUUUCUCCCCCCUCAAUGCCGCGAACUCCCCUCAAAAUUUCACCUUUACAGAAUUCUCCUCAUAUCGCUGCUUUCAGGAACACACCUGUUUAGACUGUUCGAAACUUGAUUAGAAUCAUAAUCUCAUACGUCAUUCUAAAACUUCAAAUGUUGAGACUAGCAUAAACUUCUCCUUUAAAAGAUGCUACUAAUUAGUGUAGAUUUGAAUUGAUUCAUUUGAUUUGGUUGACUUGUGUGCAUUGUGUUGUAUAUGUUUGUGUUCUCAGUACUUUUUUUGAUUCACCUGCCGUCCAGUUAAUUGUGCCCAGCAGAGCUGGGAUUGGCCGGCCUUUUGGUUUUUAAAAGUUGGAUUUGCAUUGUUGUGCUAAUGUGAUUAGCUGUAGCUUUAUACCAUAAGAAAAAUAGAACUCUUAACAAAACCCUAA